GGAGGGUAGCUGGUCGCUGCGCUGGGGAUGGUAGGAACCUGCGCAGCUGGUUGGGCGGUCUGUCUUUCCUCUCUCUGUCUCCUCGGUCAGCCGGAUUCAAUCCGCCAUAUUGAAGAGGACGGGUCUAAUAGAUUGCUGGAAACACAAUUUAACUACACCCCGCCCGUUGCGGGACUGUGUUGCUCUGAGUCCCUCCCUCCUUCAUGCCGCUAGCAGGCCCGGACGGAAAUUGCCUUUGUCUUACUUGGGACGUUUACCUCGGCGCUAGGUGCUGGUGUCGGGACCGGCAGGUAGGAGUGAGUCUCGGGAGAGACCUGGCCGAAAACCGCGGGUAAAGAAAAGUGAAGCCUAGUGAAACCGCCUUUGCUGUGACUCAGGAAAAACUCAUCACCUGGAGUCCGUGUAAGCUCAGCGACAGUCCUAGCAGCGAGGCCAAAACAGAGAGCUUGGAGAUAAUUCUGGUGGCUGUGUGGAGGAUGUGUUGGAGGACAACUACAUAAAGAGACAAAAAAAAAGCAAAGAUCUGUGCUGUGUCAAGUAUGACAGCCAUCACUCGUGGCUCUCCAGUAGGAGGGAACGACAGCCAGGGCCACGUUCCUGAUGGCCAGUCUCAGCAUCUCUUCCAACAGAACCAGACCUCAUCACCUGAUUCUUCCAAUGAGAAUUCCGUAGCAACUCCUUCCCCAGAGGAACAAGGGCAAGGUGAUGCCCCACCACAGCAUGAAGAUGAAGAUCCUGCAUUUCCACAUACUGAGCUGGCAAAGCUGGAUGACAUGAUCAACAGGCCUCGAUGGGUGGUUCCUGUUUUGCCAAAAGGGGAAUUAGAAGUACUUUUAGAAGCUGCUAUUGAUCUUAGUGUAAAAGGCCUUGAUGUUAAAAGUGAAGCAUGCCAACGUUUUUUUCGAGAUGGACUAACAGUAUCUUUCACUAAAAUUCUUACGGAUGAGGCCGUGAGUGGCUGGAAGUUUGAAAUUCAUAGAUGUAUUAUUAACAAUACUCAUCGCCUAGUGGAGCUUUGUGUGGCCAAGUUGUCCCAAGAUUGGUUUCCACUUCUAGAACUUCUCGCCAUGGCCUUAAAUCCUCAUUGCAAGUUUCAUAUCUACAAUGGUACACGUCCAUGUGAAUUAAUUUCCUCAAAUGCUCAGUUGUCUGAAGAUGAAUUAUUUGCUCGUUCUUCAGAUCCUCGAUCACCAAAAGGUUGGCUAGUGGAUCUCAUCAAUAAAUUUGGCACUUUAAAUGGGUUCCAGAUUUUGCAUGAUCGUUUUUUUAAUGGAUCAGCAUUAAAUGUUCAAAUAAUUGCAGCUCUUAUUAAACCAUUUGGACAAUGCUAUGAGUUUCUCAGUCAACAUACAGUGAAAAAGUACUUCAUUCCAGUUAUAGAAGUAGUUCCACAUUUAUUGGAAAACUUAACUGACGAAGAACUGAAAAACGAAGCAAAGAAUGAAGCCAAAAAUGAUGCCCUUUCAAUGAUUAUUAAAUUUUUGAAGAACUUAGCUUUAAGAAUUUCAGGACAAGAUGAGACUAUAAAAAAUUUGGAAAUUUUUAGGUUAAAGAUGAUACUCAGAUUGUUGCAAAUUUCCUCUUUUAAUGGAAAGAUGAAUGCACUGAAUGAAAUAAAUAAGGUUAUAUCUAGUGUAUCAUAUUAUACUCAUCGGCAUAGUAAUCCUGAGGAGGAAGAAUGGCUGACAGCUGAGCGAAUGGCAGAAUGGAUACAGCAAAAUAAUAUCUUAUCCAUAGUCUUGCAAGACAGUCUUCAUCAACCACAAUAUGUAGAAAAGCUAGAAAAAAUUCUUCGUUUUGUGAUUAAAGAAAAGGCUCUUACAUUACAGGACCUUGAUAAUAUCUGGGCAGCACAGGCAGGAAAACAUGAAGCCAUUGUGAAGAAUGUACAUGAUCUGCUAGCAAAGUUGGCUUGGGAUUUUUCUCCUGGACAACUUGAUCAUCUUUUUGAUUGCUUUAAGGCAAGCUGGACAAAUGCAAGUAAAAAGCAACGUGAAAAGCUCCUUGAGUUGAUACGUCGUCUUGCAGAAGAUGAUAAAGAUGGUGUGAUGGCACACAAAGUGUUGAACCUUCUUUGGAACCUGGCUCAUAGUGAUGAUGUGCCUGUAGACAUCAUGGACCUUGCUCUCAGUGCCCACAUAAAAAUACUAGAUUAUAGUUGUUCCCAGGAUCGAGAUGCACAAAAGAUACAGUGGAUAGAUCACUUUAUAGAAGAACUUCGCACAGAUGUCAAGUGGGUAAUUCCUGCUCUGAAACAAAUAAGAGAAAUUUGUAGUUUGUUCGGUGAAGCACCUCAAAAUUUGAGUUCUUCUUAUUUCAGUCAAACUCAGCGAAGUCCCCACAUAUUUUAUCGCCAUGAUUUAAUCAACCAGCUUCAACAAAAUCAUGCUUUAGUUACUUUGGUAGCAGAAAACCUUGCAACCUACAUGAAUAGCAUCAGAUUGUAUGCUGGAGAUCAUGAAGGCUAUGAUCCACAAACAGUGAGGCUUGGAAGUCGAUACAGUCAUGUUCAAGAAGUUCAAGAACGACUAAACUUCCUUAGAUUUUUGCUGAAGGAUGGCCAACUGUGGCUCUGUGCUCCUCAGGCAAAACAAAUAUGGAAGUGCUUAGCAGAAAAUGCAGUUUAUCUUUGUGAUCGUGAAGCCUGUUUUAAGUGGUAUUCCAAAUUAAUGGGAGAUGAACCAGACUUGGAUCCUGAUAUUAAUAAGGACUUCUUUGAAAGUAAUGUGCUUCAGCUUGAUCCUUCCCUUUUAACUGAAAAUGGAAUGAAAUGCUUUGAAAGAUUUUUCAAAGCUGUCAAUUGUCGAGAAGGGAAACUAAUAGCAAAAAGAAGAUCCUAUAUGAUGGAUGAUUUGGAAUUAAUUGGACUAGACUACCUUUGGAGGGUUGUGAUUCAGAGUAGUGACGAGAUUGCUAACAGAGCUAUAGAUCUUCUUAAAGAGAUAUACACAAACCUUGGCCCAAGAUUAAAAGUCAAUCAGGUGGUUAUCCAUGAAGACUUCAUUCAGUCUUGCUUUGAUCGUUUGAAAGCAUCAUAUGAUACAUUGUGUGUUUUGGAUGGUGACAGAAACAGUAUUAAUUCUGCCAGACAAGAAGCCAUUCGAAUGGUUAGAGUAUUAACUGUUAUAAAAGAGUACAUUAAUGAAUGUGACAGUGAUUAUCACAAGGAAAGAAUGAUUCUACCUAUGUCCAGAGCAUUUCGUGGCAAACACCUCUCUCUUAUAGUUCGGUUUCCAAACCAGGGCAGACAGGUUGAUGAGUUGGAUAUAUGGUCUCAUACGAAUGACACAAUUGGCUCAGUACGGCGAUGUAUUGUUAAUCGUAUUAAAGCCAAUGUAACCCACACAAAAAUUGAACUUUUUGUGGGUGGUGAGCUGAUAGAUUCUGAAGAUGACAGAAAGCUAAUUGGACAAUUAAACUUAAAAGAUAAAUCUCUAAUUACAGCCAAACUUACACAAAUAAAUUCCAGCAUGCCAUCAAGUCCUGAUAGCUCUUCCGAUUCUUCAACUGCAUCUCCUGGAAACCACUGUAAUCAUUACAAUGAUGGUCCCAAUCUAGAGGUGGAAAGUUGUUUGCCUGGGGUGAUAAUGUCAGUGCAUCCCAGAUACAUCUCUUUCCUUUGGCAAGUUGCAGACUUAGGUAGCAACCUGAAUAUGCCACCUCUUAGAGAUGGAGCAAGAGUACUUAUGAAACUUAUGCCACCAGAUAGAACAGCUGUAGAAAAAUUACGAGCUGUUUGUUUGGACCAUGCAAAACUUGGAGAAGGCAAACUUAGUCCACCCCUUGACUCUCUUUUCUUUGGUCCUUCUGCCUCCGAAGUUCUAUACCUAACAGAGGUAGUUUAUGCCUUGUUAAUGCCUGCUGGUGAGCCUCUAACUGUUGGGUCCUCUGACUUUCAAGUUCACUUCUUGAAAAGUGGUGGCUUACCCCUUGUACUGAGUAUGCUAAUAAGAAAUAACUUCUUGCCAAAUACAGAUACAGAAACUCGAAGGGGUGCUUAUUUAAAUGCUCUUAAAAUAGCCAAACUGUUGUUAACUGCGAUUGGCUAUGGCCAUGUUCGAGCUGUAGCGGAAGCUUGUCAGCCAGUUGUAGAUGGUACAGACCCCAUAACACCGAUUAACCAGGUUACUCGUGAUCAAGCAGUGGUGCUACAAAGUGCCCUUCAGAGCAUUCCUAAUCCCUCAUCCGAGUGCAUACUUAGAAAUGAGUCCAUACUUCUUGCUCAGCAAAUAUCUAAUGAGGCUUCAAGAUAUAUGCCUGAUAUUUGUGUAAUUAGAGCUAUACAGAAAAUUAUCUGGGCAUCAGCAUGUGGGGCAUUAGGACUAGUAUUUUGCCCAAAUGAAGAAAUAACUAAAAUUUAUCAGAUGGCCACCAAUGGAAGCAAUGAGCUGGAGGUGGAAGAUGAACAAGUUUGCUGUGAAGCACUGGAAGUGAUGACCUUAUGUUUUGCUUUACUUCCAACAGCAUUGGAUGCACUUAGUAAAGAAAAAGCCUGGCAGACCUUCAUCAUUGACUUAUUAUUGCACUGUCCAAGCAAAACUGUUCGUCAUUUGGCACAGGAGCAGUUCUUUUUAAUGUGCACCAGAUGUUGCAUGGGACACAGGCCUCUGCUUUUCUUCAUUACUUUACUCUUUACCAUAUUGGGGAGCACAGUAAGAGAGAGGGGUAAAUAUUCAGGCGAUUAUUUCACACUUUUACGGCACCUGCUCAAUUAUGCUUACAAUGGCAAUAUUAACAUACCUGAUGCUGAAGUUCUUCUUGUCAGUGAAAUUGAUUGGCUCAAAAGGAUUAGGGAUAAUGUUAAAAACACAGGUGAAACAGGUGUCGAAGAGCCAAUACUGGAAGGCCACCUUGGGGUAACAAAAGAGUUACUGGCAUUUCAAACUUCUGAGAAAAAGUAUCACUUUGGUUGUGAAAAAGGAGGUGCUAAUCUCGUUAAAGAAUUAAUUGAUGAUUUCAUCUUUCCCGCAUCCAAAGUUUACCUGCAAUAUUUAAGAAGUGGAGAACUACCAGCUGAGCAGGCUGUUCCAGUCUGUAAUUCACCCAUUACCGUCAGUGCCGGUUUUGAGCUACUUGUAGCAUUAGCUAUUGGCUGUGUAAAGAAUCUCAAACAGAUAGUAGACUGUUUGACUGAAAUGUAUUACAUGGGCACAGCAAUAACUACUUGUGAAGCACUUACUGAGUGGGAGUAUCUGCCCGCUGUUGGACCCCGCCCACCAAAAGGAUUUGUGGGACUCAAAAAUGCUGGUGCUACGUGUUACAUGAACUCUGUGAUCCAGCAGCUAUACAUGAUUCCUUCUAUCAGGAACAGUAUUCUUGCAAUUGAAGGCACAGGUAGUGAUUUAGACGAUGAUAUGUUCGGGGAUGAGAAGCAGGACAGUGAGAGUAAUGUUGAUCCCCGAGAUGAUGUAUUUGGAUAUCCUCAUCAAUUUGAAGAGAAACCAGCAUUAAGUAAGACAGAAGAUAGGAAAGAGUACAAUAUUGGUGUCCUAAGACAGCUUCAGGUCAUCUUUGGUCAUUUAGCUGCUUCCCGACUACAAUACUAUGUACCCAGAGGAUUUUGGAGACAGUUCAGGCUUUGGGGUGAACCUGUUAAUCUCCGUGAACAACAUGAUGCCUUAGAGUUUUUUAAUUCUUUGGUGGAUAGUUUAGAUGAAGCUUUAAAAGCUUUAGGACACCCAGCUUUACUAAGUAAAGUCCUAGGAGGCUCCUUUGCUGAUCAGAAGAUCUGCCAAGGUUGCCCACAUAGGUAUGAAUGUGAAGAAUCUUUUACAACUUUGAAUGUGGAUAUUAGAAAUCAUCAAAAUCUUCUUGAUUCUUUGGAACAGUAUGUCAAAGGAGAUUUAUUGGAAGGUGCAAAUGCUUAUCAUUGUGAAAAAUGUGAUAAAAAGGUUGACACAGUAAAGCGCCUGCUAAUUAAAAAAUUGCCUCGGGUUCUUGCUAUCCAACUCAAACGAUUUGACUAUGACUGGGAAAGAGAAUGUGCAAUUAAAUUCAAUGAUUAUUUUGAAUUUCCUCGAGAGCUGGAUAUGGGACCUUACACAGUAGCAGGUGUUGCAAAGCUGGAAAGGGAUAAUGUAAACUCAGAAAAUCAGUCGACUGAACAGAAAGAGCAGUCUGACAAUGAAACUACAGGAGGCACAAAGUACAGACUUGUAGGAGUGCUUGUACACAGUGGUCAAGCAAGCGGUGGGCAUUAUUAUUCUUACAUCAUUCAAAGGAAUGGUAAAGAUGAUCUGAGAGAUCACUGGUAUAAAUUUGAUGAUGGAGAUGUAACAGAAUGCAAAAUGGAUGAUGAUGAAGAAAUGAAAAAUCAGUGUUUUGGUGGAGAGUACAUGGGAGAAGUAUUUGAUCACAUGAUGAAGCGCACGUCAUAUAGGCGGCAGAAGAGGUGGUGGAAUGCUUACAUACUUUUUUAUGAACAAAUGGAUAUGAUAGAUGAAGAUGAUGAGAUGAUAAGAUAUAUAUCAGAGCUAACUAUUGCAAGACCCCAUCAGAUCAUUAUGUCACCAGCCAUUGAGAGAAGUGUACGGAAACAAAAUGUGCAAUUUAUGCAUAACCGAAUGCAAUAUAGUUUAGAAUAUUUUCAGUUUGUGAAAAAACUGCUUACAUGUAAUGGUGUUUAUUUAAACCUUGCUCCAGGGCAGGAUUAUUUGUUGCCUGAAGCAGAAGAAAUUACUAUGAUUACUAUUCAGCUUGCUGCUAGAUUCCUCUUUACCACUGGAUUUCACACCAAGAAAAUAGUUCGUGGUCCUGCCAGUGACUGGUAUGAUGCACUAUGCAUUCUCCUCCGUCACAGCAAGAAUGUACGUUUUUGGUUUACUCAUAAUGUCCUUUUUAAUGUAUCAAAUCGCUUCUCUGAAUACCUUCUGGAGUGCCCUAGUGCAGAAGUGAGGGGUGCAUUUGCAAAACUUAUAGUGUUUAUUGCACACUUUUCCUUGCAAGAUGGGUCUUGUCCCUCUCCUUUUGCAUCUCCAGGACCUUCUAAUCAGGCAUGUGAUAACUUGAGCUUGAGUGAUCACUUACUAAGAGCCACACUAAAUCUCUUGAGAAGGGAAGUUUCAGAGCAUGGACGUCAUUUACAGCAAUAUUUUAAUUUGUUUGUAAUGUAUGCCAAUUUAGGUGUGGCGGAAAAAACACAGCUUCUGAAAUUGAAUGUACCUGCUACCUUUAUGCUUGUGUCUUUAGACGAAGGACCAGGUCCUCCAAUCAAAUAUCAGUAUGCUGAAUUAGGCAAGUUAUAUUCAGUAGUGUCUCAGCUGAUUCGUUGUUGCAAUGUGUCAUCAACAAUGCAGUCUUCAAUCAAUGGUAAUCCCCCUCUCCCCAAUCCUUUCGGUGACCCUAAUUUAUCACAGCCUAUAAUGCCAAUUCAGCAGAAUGUAGCAGACAUUUUAUUUGUGAGAACAAGUUAUGUGAAGAAAAUCAUUGAAGACUGCAGUAACUCAGAGGAUACCAUCAAAUUACUUCGCUUUUGCUCUUGGGAGAAUCCUCAGUUCUCGUCUACUGUCCUCAGCGAACUUCUCUGGCAGGUUGCAUAUUCAUAUACCUAUGAACUUCGGCCAUAUUUAGAUCUGCUUUUGCAAAUUUUACUGAUUGAGGACUCCUGGCAGACUCCCAGAAUUCAUAAUGCACUUAAAGGAAUUCCAGAUGACAGAGAUGGGCUGUUCGAUACAAUACAGCACUCGAAGAAUCACUAUCAAAAACGAGCAUAUCAGUGUAUAAAAUGUAUGGUAGCUCUAUUUAGCAGUUGUCCUGUUGCUUACCAGAUCUUACAGGGUAAUGGAGAUCUUAAAAGAAAAUGGACCUGGGCAGUGGAAUGGCUAGGAGAUGAACUUGAAAGAAGACCAUAUACUGGCAAUUCUCAGUAUACUUACAACAAUUGGUCUCCUCCAGUACAAAGCAAUGAAACAUCAAAUGGUUAUUUCUUAGAAAGAUCACAUAGUGCUAGGAUGAUACUUGCAAAAGCUUCUGAACUCUGUCCAGAAGAGGUAAAAAAAAACAAACAAACAAAAAAAGCCACCAAUGGACAGCAGAUGGAAAUGGGAAAAAGAAAAGUAUUUUUUUUUAAUGUGAGCCAGAUGACCAGGAUGCCCCAGAUGAGCAUGAACCCACUCCAUCAGAAGAUGCCCCAUUAUAUCCUCAUUCACCGGGCUCUCAGUAUCAACAGAAUAAUCAUGUGCAUGGACAGCCAUAUACAGGACCAGCAGCACAUCACUUGAACAACCCUCAGAAAACUGGCCAACGAACAGAAGAAAAUUAUAAAGGCAAUGAAGAAGUAUCCUUACCUCAGAUGAAGGAUCAGUGAAAAGCAAUAAUUAACUGCUUCCUUUAUGACCAUGCACUAAGGCCUUACAGUCCAAACUUUCUCUGUGCCUGGCUGAUAUUGAAAACUAGAUAAACUGUUCCAAACCAACAUGGAGUAGAGAGCAUAUUCACUGUCUCAUUUACAGUAAUUUGCAAUUUGUCAGUGUAUAAGACACAUGCAGGGUGAAGUGUACAGAGUUUUGUAAUGAUUGGUCCUAAUCUGUAAAUGAGAAAGGUAUAUAUACUAUGUUAAUGUCUGACUAUUAAUUCUUAAGCAAGAAACUUUUUCUGAUGAAAGUAAGUCAGAUCUACACAGUCACACAAUUAUUUUUUGUUGUGUUCACUGCCUUGUGCAAUUGAUAUUGCCUGCUUUGUGCAGUUUGGUCAUCUUACCGACUUCCCCCUAAAAAAGAGAACAUAAAAGAACCCAUCUUUGUCAGUUUACACCAAUAGUUUCUUGUUAAUCCUUUUUUCCUGGAUAUAUAAGGCUGGUGGUAACUUUUGAAUUAUAUGGUUGAUGUGGAAAAUUGGUAGUGUAACAUUUCUAGAUAUUUUUCAUUACCUCUUUAUUCUGGUAUAUAGGCUAACCACUUUAAAGCUAUUCUUAUGCUGUAACAGUUAGCAUGGCUUCACACUGUUUGUGUAGCCAAGAGGACAGAAUUACAUGAGUGACAGCAGUUGCCCAGAGUAACAGCUAUAUAUUGCUCAGAGCUUUUAUUUCUUAUACCUAGAAUAAAUAUAAAAUGGGGGAAAAAUGUGACAGAAAAGCAGUUUUUCAUUGCACACAUGUUCUUCACAUUAAUGUUUGGUAGUUCAAUUUCUUGAUGAGCUAAAGAAUGUCAAAGUAUCGAUAACAGGAAUUUUAAAAUAUUAAAACCAAUAUGCAAAAUUUUCCUAUGUGAGAAUGUGGUGGAGCAUAAUAGAUAGAUUGUAUUUGGUGGGCUUGGGAUUUUUUUUUCUGUAGAAUUUAUUAAGUGAAGUUUCUAAAACCUUGCUGCUUCUAAUCCGAGUGAAGUGUACAUCAUAAGAAUCCAUAGUACUUUGAAGUACCAUUGCACCAAGAUGUCUGACUGAAUUCUUAGUCACACUUUUACUUGAAAGAAAGAAUUGUUGUAGUUUUUUUCAUUAUUCUAAAACUCUUGUUGUUAGAUACAAGAUUUAAUUAAGAUCUAAGCUCCUGCUUAUUUAAUAUAAUUCUAAGGUACCAUUUUAGAAAAAACAUUUGUUUUAAGAUUCCAAGAAACCUGUGAGUUAAUACUAUAUUUAAAAGAGAAUUGGUAAAUUUUGAAUGUGUGUAGUAUUUUGGAACCUGUUUAAAAACCAAAUAUACCUGCAAAUAGAUACAGCCUAUCCUAUACUAUUUAAAUGUUUGGCUGUUUUGUUUUAUAGAAAUUAUUUUGCUGAAUUCACAAAUAAAAUUUAAGAAGA